GCCUCGGCGGGGAGAGUGCAGGUACUUUGCCUUCAGAAUAAUUUGCAGGACCCAGCAAGCUUUCGGAGCGCCCUUAUUUUCUUCGGUCGUUGCCCCCUCCCUCCGGAAAAGAAGAUCCCACUUUGGAAACAAGCAGCACCCGAAGCACGCUCCCCAAGCCAAAGCUGUGCAUGUGCUGUCCUUUCUUGCAGUUUAUUCCGGGCCUGUGUGGAAUAGAAAGACAAUUCUUCAGUUGACAGGAGAGAAAAGAGAAGACUCCUCAGGGUUUCCAAGGAGGACUGGAGCGGCUGCUUUGGUGAAGAAAUGGAGAAUCAAAGAAGUAAAGGACCUGUCUCAAAGUCACACUACUAGGAAAUCCUGAGGGGUUUGACACUUUUCAUCCUCCAGCCAUUAAUCAUCUUGUAGGGAAAGGAUAUACGUUGGUAGGAAUAAAAAACAAGCAGUUCCUGGCCAGUGAUACUCCAGUUAAGGGUGUCUGACUGACAGCAUCUUGGCACCAGCAUUGAAGGAAGUGAUGGGCUUUGGUUCUAGGUUCCUGUCCUGAGACCACAGCAGGAUGUGCCUUGGACAAAGGCUUGGACUCCUGGAUCAUCUGGUGACUUCAAGUAUCUGGUCUCAGGGUGGUGAACUUUUUGUCUGAAUUCCUAACCUGUGAGCUUAUGUUGAUGGUGCCUGUCAAUUAACUGAACAACUGUGGUUUUGAAUCUCUUGAGGCCAGGGACUGUCAGAAUACCUACAUUGGGUGAUACGAGGGAGACGUCUGGUAAAUAGCCGUGGGAUCUAAACAAGCUCUGAAAGUGUCCCAGCUGAAAUUCCAGAUCGGACAGACUCGCUGCAGCUUCCGAGGCAGUGAUUCCAAGCUGCCAGCGCUCACUGCUGGCAAGCUGCAGGAUGGUGCACGUAGCCAGGCCGCUGUUGCUGCUCCUUGCCCUCUUCCUCCGCGCGGAUGCUGAGACACCUCCAAGGUUUACAAGAACUCCCGUUGACCAGACAGGGGUCUCUGGAGGAGUUGCCUCUUUCAUUUGUCAAGCGACAGGAGACCCAAGACCUAAAAUUGUCUGGAACAAAAAAGGAAAGAAAGUCAGCAAUCAGAGAUUUGAGGUAGUAAUAGAGUUUGACGAUGGAUCUGGAUCAGUUCUCAGAAUACAACCCUUACGGACUCCACGGGAUGAGGCCAUUUAUGAAUGUGUGGCCUCGAAUAACGUGGGAGAAAUAAGUGUAUCCACCAGACUCACAGUUUUGCGUGAGGAUCAAAUUCCCAGGGGCUUCCCUACCAUUGACAUGGGCCCACAGUUGAAGGUGGUCGAGCGUACACGCACUGCCACCAUGCUUUGUGCAGCCAGUGGGAAUCCGGAUCCAGAAAUAACUUGGUUUAAAGAUUUCUUACCCGUCGACACAAGCAACAACAAUGGCCGUAUUAAGCAGUUACGAUCAGAAUCUAUUGGUGGUACACCAAUAAGAGGCGCCCUUCAGAUCGAACAGAGUGAAGAAUCUGACCAAGGAAAAUAUGAGUGUGUUGCCACCAACAGCGCGGGCACUCGCUAUUCUGCCCCUGCCAAUUUAUAUGUCAGAGAGCUGCGAGAAGUUCGCCGUGUCCCACCAAGAUUCUCUAUCCCACCUACUAAUCAUGAAAUCAUGCCAGGUGGAAGUGUUAAUAUCACCUGUGUGGCCGUGGGGUCACCAAUGCCUUAUGUGAAGUGGAUGUUGGGGGCAGAAGAUCUGACACCUGAAGAUGAUAUGCCAAUAGGAAGAAAUGUACUAGAACUGAAUGAUGUGAGACAGUCAGCAAAUUACACCUGUGUUGCUAUGUCAACACUGGGUGUCAUUGAAGCAAUAGCACAGAUCACUGUCAAAGCCUUACCCAAACCUCCAGGAACUCCUGUAGUAACCGAGAGCACAGCCACAAGCAUCACACUGACGUGGGACUCUGGGAACCCUGAGCCUGUCUCUUACUACAUCAUUCAACAUAAACCUAAAAAUUCUGAGGAACCUUACAAAGAAAUUGAUGGGGUGGCGACAACACGCUACAGUGUCGCUGGACUAAGUCCCUACUCAGAUUAUGAAUUCAGGGUUGUUGCUGUCAAUAACAUUGGGCGGGGACCUCCAAGUGAGCCUGUGCUAACGCAAACCUCAGAACAAGCACCAUCCAGUGCCCCACGGGAUGUCCAGGCGCGGAUGUUAAGUUCAACCACCAUUUUGGUACAGUGGAAGGAACCUGAAGAACCAAAUGGACAGAUCCAAGGAUACAGAGUUUAUUACACAAUGGAUCCCACUCAGCACGUCAACAACUGGAUGAAGCAUAAUGUAGCUGACAGCCAAAUCACUACUAUUGGCAACUUAGUGCCCCAGAAAACAUAUUCUGUCAAAGUUCUGGCUUUCACCUCAAUUGGAGAUGGUCCUCUUUCAAGUGACAUACAGGUCAUCACUCAGACAGGGGUACCAGGGCAACCACUAAACUUCAAAGCAGAACCUGAGUCUGAAACAAGUAUUUUGCUGUCUUGGACACCUCCACGUUCAGACACCAUUGCCAACUAUGAACUGGUCUACAAAGAUGGAGAGCAUGGCGAGGAGCAACGGAUUGCCAUUGAGCCAGGGACAUCUUACAGACUGCAAGGACUGAAACCCAACAGUUUGUACUACUUCCGCCUGGCCGCACGCUCCCCCCAGGGCCUGGGUGCUUCCACAGCUGAAAUAUCAGCCAGGACCAUGCAGUCAAAGCCGUCAGCUCCUCCUCAAGACAUUAGUUGUACCAGCCCAAGUUCCACUAGUAUUUUGGUAAGUUGGCAACCUCCACCAGUGGAAAAACAGAAUGGCAUUAUUACUGAAUACUCCAUCAAGUACACCUCAGUGGAUGGAGAAGAUGACAAACCUCAUGAGAUUUUGGGCAUUCCUUCGGACACUACUAAAUACCUUUUGGAACAGCUGGAAAAAUGGACUGAGUACCGCAUCACUGUGACAGCCCACACAGACGUCGGCCCUGGCCCCGAGAGCUUCUCCGUGUUGAUUCGAACUGAUGAAGAUGUUCCUAGUGGUCCUCCUCGCAAAGUCGAGGUAGAGGCUGUCAACUCAACAUCUGUUAAAGUCUCAUGGCGCUCACCUGUGCCCAACAAACAGCAUGGCCAGAUAAGAGGAUACCAGGUGCAUUAUGUGAGGAUGGAAAAUGGUGAGCCCAAGGGCCAGCCCAUGCUGAAGGAUGUCAUGCUGGCUGAUGCGCAGUGGGAAUUUGAUGAUACUACUGAACAUGACAUGAUUAUUUCUGGGCUACAGCCUGAAACUUCCUACUCCCUCACUGUCACAGCCUACACCACCAAAGGAGAUGGUGCUCGCAGCAAGCCCAAACUGGUGUCCACCACUGGGGCAGUUCCAGGAAAACCCCGCCUUGUGAUUAACCACACUCAAAUGAAUACUGCUCUCAUUCAGUGGCACCCCCCUGUGGACACAUUCGGACCUCUUCAGGGCUAUCGUCUAAAAUUUGGCAGGAAAGAUACGGAACCACUCACUACUCUUGAGUUCUCUGAGAAAGAAGAUCACUUUACAGCUACAGACAUCCAUAAAGGAGCAUCAUAUAUCUUCAGGCUCUCAGCCAGAAACAAAGUGGGCUUUGGGGAAGAGAUAGUGAAGGAGAUUUCUGUUCCAGAAGAAGUCCCAACUGGAUUCCCUCAAAACCUCCACUCAGAAGGCACCACUUCAACCUCCGUCCAGUUAUCCUGGCAGCCACCUGUCCUGGCAGAGAGAAAUGGCAUCAUCACCAAGUAUACUCUUCUGUAUAGGGAUAUCAACAUCCCUCUUCUUCCAAUGGAGCAGCUUAUUGUUCCAGCUGAUACCACUAUGACACUCAGUGGCUUAAAACCAGAUACCACAUAUGAUGUAAAAGUACGUGCUCACACGAGCAAAGGGCCCGGGCCAUAUAGUCCCAGUGUCCAGUUCAGGACACUGCCUGUGGAUCAAGCAGUGUUUGCAAAAAAUUUUCAUGUCAAAGCAGUAAUGAAGACUUCAGUGCUGUUGUCUUGGGAAAUUCCAGAAAAUUAUAAUUCUGCCAUGCCUUUCAAAAUUCUUUAUGAUGAUGGGAAAAUGGUAGAAGAAGUGGAUGGCCGGGCUACCCAGAAGUUAAUUGUCAACUUGAAGCCUGAGAAGUCAUAUUCAUUUGUGCUGACAAAUCGUGGAAACAGUGCUGGUGGGCUGCAACACAGGGUAACAGCAAAGACUGCCCCAGAUGUACUGCGGACCAAGCCUGCCUUCAUCGGGAAGACCAACCUGGACGGCAUGAUUACUGUGCAACUGCCUGAAGUACCCACAAAUGAGAAUAUAAAAGGUUACUACAUAAUAAUUGUGCCUUUGAAGAAAUCUCGUGGGAAAUUUGUCAAGCCAUGGGAGAGUCCAGAUGAAAUGGAAUUAGAUGAGCUGCUUAAAGAGAUAUCUAGGAAACGCAGAAGCAUCAGAUAUGGGAGAGAAGUUGAAUUAAAGCCAUAUAUUGCCGCUCACUUUGAUGUCCUUCCCACUGAGUUCACCCUGGGGGAUGACAAACAUUAUGGUGGAUUUACAAACAAGCAACUCCAAAGUGGUCAAGAAUAUGUCUUCUUUGUGUUAGCAGUGAUGGAACAUGCGGAGUCUAAGAUGUAUGCAACCAGUCCCUACUCUGACCCCGUUGUAUCAAUGGAUCUGGAUCCACAGCCAAUCACAGAUGAAGAAGAAGGCUUGAUCUGGGUUGUAGGUCCUGUCCUUGCAGUGGUCUUUAUCAUCUGCAUUGUCAUAGCUAUCCUUCUUUAUAAAAGCAGUAAACCUGACAGGAAGAGAGCAGAGUCUGACUCUAGAAAGAGCAGCAUACCCAACAGUAAGGAGGUCCCUUCACACCAUCCAACAGACCCAGUAGAACUGAGGCGCCUUAAUUUUCAAACACCAGGUUCAGAUGAUUCCGGUUACCCUGGUAACCUUCAUUCUUCAAGUAUGGCUAGCCAUCCUCCAAUUCCUAUCUUGGAGCUUGCAGAUCACAUUGAAAGGUUGAAAGCAAAUGACAACUUGAAGUUUUCCCAGGAAUAUGAGUCAAUUGACCCUGGCCAGCAGUUCACAUGGGAACAUUCAAACUUGGAAGUAAACAAACCAAAGAAUAGAUAUGCAAAUGUAAUCGCUUAUGAUCAUUCCCGGGUUCUCCUAUCAGCAAUAGAAGGCAUCCCAGGAAGUGACUAUGUGAAUGCCAACUACAUAGAUGGCUAUAGAAAACAAAACGCCUAUAUUGCCACACAGGGAUCUCUCCCCGAAACAUUUGGGGACUUUUGGAGAAUGAUAUGGGAGCAACGGAGUGCAACAGUUGUCAUGAUGACAAAACUAGAAGAGCGAUCCAGGGUGAAGUGUGACCAGUAUUGGCCCAGUAGAGGCACAGAAACUCACGGGCUGGUCCAAGUCACGCUGCUCGAUACGGUGGAACUGGCCACGUACUGUGUGCGGACAUUUGCACUUUACAAGAAUGGGUCGAGCGAGAAGAGAGAAGUAAGACAAUUCCAGUUCACUGCCUGGCCUGACCACGGCGUUCCAGAACACCCGACACCUUUUCUAGCUUUCUUACGGAGAGUCAAAACCUGUAACCCUCCUGAUGCAGGCCCCAUGGUUGUGCACUGCAGUGCGGGAGUUGGCCGGACUGGUUGUUUCAUCGUAAUAGAUGCCAUGCUAGAAAGAAUAAAGCAUGAAAAAACUGUAGAUAUUUAUGGCCAUGUAACUUUAAUGAGAGCCCAGAGGAAUUACAUGGUUCAAACAGAAGACCAAUACAUCUUUAUCCAUGAUGCACUGUUAGAAGCAGUGACUUGUGGAAAUACCGAAGUGCCAGCUAGAAACUUGUAUGCCUACAUUCAGAAGCUGACACAAAUAGAAGCAGGAGAGAAUGUCACAGGAAUGGAGCUUGAAUUUAAGCGUCUAGCCAGCUCUAAAGCUCACACCUCAAGAUUCAUCAGUGCCAAUCUUCCAUGUAAUAAAUUCAAAAAUCGCCUUGUUAAUAUUAUGCCAUAUGAAUCCACGAGGGUAUGCCUGCAGCCUAUCCGAGGAGUAGAAGGAUCUGAUUACAUCAAUGCCAGUUUUAUUGAUGGAUACAGACAACAGAAAGCCUACAUCGCGACCCAGGGACCCUUGGCAGAGACCACCGAAGACUUCUGGCGGAUGCUUUGGGAACACAAUUCCACCAUUGUUGUGAUGCUCACUAAGCUGCGUGAGAUGGGCAGAGAGAAAUGUCACCAAUACUGGCCGGCAGAACGAUCUGCAAGAUAUCAGUACUUUGUUGUAGACCCCAUGGCUGAGUACAACAUGCCACAAUAUAUCCUAAGAGAAUUCAAGGUCACAGAUGCCAGGGAUGGUCAGUCCCGAACAGUGAGGCAGUUCCAGUUCACUGACUGGCCAGAGCAGGGAGUGCCAAAGUCUGGAGAAGGAUUUAUUGACUUCAUUGGCCAAGUCCAUAAAACAAAAGAGCAGUUUGGCCAAGAUGGGCCCAUUUCAGUCCAUUGCAGUGCGGGCGUUGGAAGAACUGGAGUCUUCAUAACACUAAGCAUUGUUUUGGAAAGAAUGAGAUAUGAAGGAGUUGUAGAUAUCUUCCAGACUGUCAAAAUGUUAAGAACACAACGACCAGCCAUGGUACAGACAGAGGACCAGUACCAGUUCUGCUACCGAGCCGCACUGGAGUACCUGGGCAGCUUUGAUCACUAUGCAACGUAGAAACCCCUAACCCACUUUGGGUUCUUACUGCAGGCCCUUCAGUAUCCACGGAGUCUCUUCUGAGCCAUACAGGGCACUUGAGAAGUCCUUCUUAACUUCUAGCUAACUACCACUUAGUGGGACUAUUACACACAAAACAAAAAACAAAGCAAAACAAAAAAACAAAAACAAAAAAACUCUAAUGGGUGGACCAAGAAUUUACAGUUUAAUAAUCUAACCUGAAAAAUAAUAAAGAGAAUCCUGACUGAUGAGGCAUCUGAAGGAUUUUUACAGAUACCUCAAGGAUUCAAAAUAAAGGGAAGAAGAAAUCACAGCAAAGAACCACCAUCUUGUUCAGGAUUGCUUGUUAGGUGUGAGGAGAAAUGGCCAGAGUCCUGCAGUUCAGUGCAAGAUGUUUCCUGGUGUGGCUUCUCGUGACAAAAUGGACUCUGCUGCGACAUUGCCCCUUCCCACCAUACUGCUCAUAAUAACAUUUUUGGGGGGGGGAUCGGGGGGAAAUGUUUAAAAAGAAAGUCUUUGAUUUAGUUUUUUAGUAUUGUAAAGAUACUGCUGACCUGUGCUUCAUUUUUAACUGUGUAAACUUUUUUUUAACAAAUGUAUCAUUCGAUAAAGUGAAUUUUAAAAAAGUUACAUAACUCUUCAUUUUUUAUUUCCAAAUUGUAGGUUUUUUUAAGCUGUAGAACUGUUAUCUGUAAUAUCUUGCUGUAGAAAUAUCAAAUAAUUUGAAAAUUUGCACAUUUUUGUGCAAUAUUCUUAAUCUACAGUAUCCAUCUUGUUAGAUAUUACUUUUACACUUCUGUUCAGUUUCGGUUGGUGAGAAAGUACCCAUUCUCUUCAAACAGUCAAAGAGAACUUUGUUUUGUUUUGUUUUGGUUUUGGAAUCAACAGGGAGGCGCAAAGUAUAAAGUUGCUGCUAACAUCUAUACAUAUAUAUCCAUAUUUUACAGGGGCGUCUAUGUACAUAUAGACAGUGUGUCCACACAAAAAGAUAGAUCCAGCUAUCAUUCAGUUCUUCCAUGAAUUAGUUUUGGGGGUUUUUAGGUGUUGUUGUUUUUUGUUGUUGUUGUUGUUUUUAGGUAGAGAAGCUAUUACAAACAUCUUUUUCAAUUUAUUAAUUUUUUGACAUAUCGGUAUUUCUUAAUAUCAUAAAAUUUUAAUUUUAAGGGAAAUGAGGAAUGCACAUCAGUGAUUGUCAAGCCUCACCCCCUAAUUUCCUAUCCAGUCUCCUCCCACCCACCUACUCAUAUUCACAAAUAUCCUUUUGUUAGCCAGGCUUCCAACAAAGUUCAAUAUUUCUAACACUCUAGUGCAAUAAAAAAAUUAUUAAAUAUCUAAGAGGUGUGCAUGUGGGAAAGGUCAGUGCAUAUCCCUUUAGGAGGGGAGAAUGUUGUAAUAUAUCAGCUAUCAAGUUUAAAAAACAAUGUAUUCAAUCGUAUAUUGUCUAUAGUAUGUGCUAUGAAAUUUGCAUUUAUGAUAUGUAACAGGGGCAAAGCCAAAUUCAUGUAACUCUGUUCAGUCAGAAACAUUUUGUGGCAUACAGCACAACUGGGAGGUGCUGUACUUUGGGUUUUUUUUUUGUUUUUUGGGGUUUUU